AUGGCGGACAAAGACAAACGCCGGCCCGGGCUGGCUCCCCCCGCGAUGCCCGAGGGCAAAGCCACCAAGUCGGACAGCGACAGGGAGUUCCUGUCGCAGGCCGGUGUGGGGGAGCUGCUCCGCGGCGCCAUCUUGAAGAUGGUGGAGGCCAGGUCGGACGAUCCCAUCGGCUUCCUCGCCGACCACUUCUGCAACCUCUCCUCCUCCAUGACGGAGGGCGGCUCGGCGGGGGGCUGCGACCCGGAGCCGCUGAGCAAGGCACCACCGCUCAGCGCAGGCGCCCAGGAGCAGCAGCAUCUCAACCGGGCGCUGUGGCACCUGCGGCUGGCGCAUCACUCCCAGAGAUCUGCCUUCAGCAACAACGUCCGCGUGGCCUUCGACCUCCUAAACCUCACCGGGCCCCAAAGACAUCCAGGGGAGGCUCCUGAAGGCCCAGACGGCUCCUGCACCGAGAGCCCCACAGGAGGAGGAGGAGGAGGGGUGAGAGGAGGCCUCUACUCCCAGACUCUGCAGUGUCUAUGCAGUGAAGGUGGCGUCCCUGCCUCCACCUCCGCUCCACUCCUCCGACGACUCCACUGCCAAGACCACGAGGCUGUCCCUUACGACAUCUUCCGACACGGCGUGCUCACGUGUGCCGUCUUCUCGGACUACAUCCGGCAGGCCCAGAGGCUUUACGCCGAGGUGUGCUGCCCAGACAACGGGCCCGCCUCCCGGGCGCUGUGCCUGGCCGUGCUGGGCACCCUGAAGGAAGCUCUGGAGACGUCCCAGGGCUGUGAUGCAAACUGCUGCGUUAACGCCAACAACUCCUGUCUGGAGGCCAACGUGAAGGCCAUACGCUACCUGAAGGCCAGCGCCAAUAUCUCUCCCUGCAAGCUCGCUCAGGCUAUGUCUGGAGCGCAGCUGCGGGGUCCGGGCGGCGACAUGGACGCUAAGGAGUUUGAGAAUGCAGCGGCUGAGCUCUUUAUCACUCGAGUCAAAGUUGUGUCCUAGGUCUCCUCUCUGUGUUCACAGUUAUGAAUGUACAGCCAUGUUAUAGAGUAAAUCAUUAUCCUGUGUGCACCUACUACUGUCACAACAAAAUAUAAGGAGAAUGCAGGAUGAAGGAAAAUAGUUGUUUAUUCAAAAUGUACAGUAAUAUAAUCAACACCAGAAUGAACUUAAGAUAUUAUGGGAUCAGUUAAGUCAGUAGUGAGGGUUCAUGUAUGCAUGAAUGUGGGAUGAGAAAGAUGUUGGAUGCAUGAACACAAAAUAAUGUGCUGGGGCGGGUCCUGGCCAGAAAAGGCCAUUUCUUAUAGGACGGUUCUUCCAACCAAAGUCAUCAACCAGACUCCCCCCUCUGGAUACUUGCCUCACAAAGGAAACAAAACAUACUGAGGGGAUUAGCAUAACAAAAAAGAUGGGCCAAAGGCUAAUGUCUCCAUAAGACCCACAGAUAUUACCUCCUCUCUGGAUAUCACUGUUUGUCUUGAGCUUAUUAAUGUCAACAACAUCUGCUGUGGCCACACAGGCAGCUGCUGUGCCGUGUGGAGGACAGGACGUACCUCGGUUAGACUAAAUAGAUUCAUUGAAUUCAGCAUUUGUCCCGACGGCUUCAACCUUUGUUCAGUGUUUUCACUGACGUGCUCAGUUAAUAAAGUAUGUACAAUACAUCUGCUGCAGUCCAGCACAACAGCCUUGUAUGAGAUUCUCUUUGAAGAUACAACAUUUCAAGGUUUUGUUGAGACUGUCAGUGAUGUUGAGUAAACUGGUCUGUGCUAUCUAAGCUUAUAUAACAUUUUGUAAUAGAAACAGGAGCCAGUCACAUGUGCUGUCCUUGGGGGUGUCUCUGUCCCCCCCGACCCCCAAUAAAGCACCAGCGGUGUAGAUUGUGUAUGGACACGAUGAUGGACUAGUAUUUUUAUUUCAUUGUAUUUAUUUUCUGCUUCUGCUAUAUUUCAUUGCUUCUCAC